AUGGGACUCUUUGGCAAGAAGCACGACGCGAACGUCCUUCAGAAAUCUCCCCCUCCUGCUCAUGACCAAGUAGGCAGUCGUCAAAAUGCUGCACCCUUGGGCGGAGGUGGCGCAGGUGUUCGCGAGCAAGAGCUUCGUGGCCAGCAGGGCCACGCGGGGGAAACCGGUUACCAGCAGGGCGAACCUGGAUGGGAGCAGCGUGAACUUGGGAGCCGCGGCGGACAAUCCGGCUAUGGCCAUGAAACUUCCGGUCAGGGUCAUCAAGGCGCAGGCCAGCUACAAUAUGAUCAGCAAGCCGGUACCCAGCAGAGCCGCUCGGGCGGUGGUAUCCUCGGCCACAAGCAACACGGCGGUGGCGGCUUGAAGCACGCUGAAGGCCGCGCCGAGGAAGAUGUUGGCGAGCUUAUCGGUAGCCGUGCGUUGCAGGCGAAGGGUAUGGAGAAAGAGCAGGAGGCAAACCGCUUCCGCCAACAGGCCUCUGAAUUGUCCGAGGCAGAGCGCCUCGAGAAGGAGGCUUUUGAGGCCCGCCAGCGCGCGGUGCAACAUGGUGCUCACAACGCCAAUGCUCAACUGGGGGCCGGCAAUGACUUCGGUCGGGUCUGA